UCAUGCUGCUGCCAGGUCCAGAGUCUCUCAUGGGUCCCUGUACGGCCUCCCAUUGCUGCUGUCUCCAUCGCCACACUCUGCCAUGUGCCACUUUCAGGUCUCCUCACACUGCUGGUGUGGGUUCCAUUUUGUCAUAGGGUGCUGGCAGAUUACGGGCCUCCCAUUGCUGCUGCCAGGCCCGUAAUCUGCCAUGGGCCCCUGUACCGCCUCCUCAUGCUGCUGCCAGGUCCACAGUGUCUCAUGGGUCCCUGUACGGCCUCCCAUUGCUGCUGUCUCCAUCGCCACACUCUGCCAUGUGCCACUUUCAGGUCUCCUCACACUGCUGGUGUGUUCAAUUUUUUG